GAGGAGACAGACUUGUCAACUUGUCACCCAGUAAAAUCCCUUGUCCUCCUUAUGCAAGAAAGGAAACCCUGACUGAAACACAAAGCCACAAGACACAUUAAUAUUAUGAUGUCUUAGGGUUGCACUUCCUAAAAAACAGGAAAAGAUUCGUUUUCCUUGAAUCUUACCAACAAAAUACUCCUGGACUCAGAAACUGACAAGAGGAGAGAGAGAGGGAAAGAGGGAGAAAGAGAGAGAGGGAGAGAAUGAAUUCAUCCCAACCAUCUACAUCACAAGGCACAGAGAAAAGAUGCUUGUCUUCCCAAGUGCUCUUAUGGACUGUUGCUGGGGUCUCCAUGCUACUGCUCAGCGCCUGUUUUAUCACCAGAUGUGUUGUGACAUAUCGUGUCUUUCAACUCUGUGAUGAGAAUAAGUUCCAGCUACAUGAGGCGUUCAUGGACUUCUCCUGCUCCAAUGAUGGAUCGGGUUCAGUCAAAAAUUGCUGUCCAUCGGACUGGGUACAUUUUCAAUCUAGCUGCUACUUCUUUUCUACUAACACCAUGUCCUGGGCAUCAAGUUUAAAAAACUGCUCCAACAUGGGAGCCCAUCUGGUUGUUAUCAACACGCAGGAGGAGCAGGAAUUCCUUUACUUUGCGAAACCUAAGAGGAGAGAGUUCUAUAUUGGACUGACAGACCAGGUGAAUGAGGGUCAGUGGCAAUGGGUAGAUGGAACACCUUUGUCAGAAACUCUGAGCUUCUGGGAUGUCGGGGAGCCCAAUAAUAUAGUGACAGUGGAGGACUGUGCCACCAUCCGAGACUCUUCAAAUCCCAGGAAAAAUUGGAAUGAUGUGCCUUGUUUCUUCAAUAUGUUUCGGAUUUGUGAAAUGCCAGAAAUAAAUGUCUCAAGCAACAAAAAAAUUCUCUAAGAGCAGAAAGCACAACUUAAAUGCAUAAAUAUGGAGACACAAGAGCAUGAACACAACUCCAACCUGAGAGAACUGUGUGCCGCAUUUAAUGAGGACUCCAUAGGGACUUCGGGAGGACUUUGUUGCUUUCGCUACCAAUAAAAAUAAGUCGUUUCAAAUGUUAUAAUUUGUGAUACUGAUUGAUGUGCUUGUUUCUCCAUAUUGGUCUCAGGACUUCUCAAAACUUACCAAGCAAUUCUCGAACUAAUGCCAGGAAAAGACAAGUAUGCUCCUUUGGGCACAUUUGCUUCUUUUGUGAAUACUGAUGUGAAAAUAGAGGGACAUAGAGCAAGUACAGAGCCCAGCAAGAAGAGGAUUUUCAAAGUGACUUUGAACAAUCCCCUGAAUUCAGGCUUUGGUCAAUUCUUUUUCUUUCUGCCUCCUGAAAAGCCUGCCUUGUCUUCUUGAUUGCUUACCACCCAUUUUUACCCCUGCCUGAGCAGGUAUCCUCACUAUGUUUUCCUGUACAAGAGUAAGAAACGCCCUCAAGUCAUGAAACUUAUUCCUGCUCCAAAGACAUGUGGACUUCCUGGGUAAAGGCCUUGACUGCAUCUCGCUAGGAAAAGGCCAUGCUAAGCUUCAGCUCCAAACAGACUAUUAUUCAGUCCGUUCAUCCCAAGAACUCCCUUUCCUCUUUAUUCUCUUCCACUGAAUAGCUGAAUCUCACCUGAGUUUGUGGCUAUUGUUCAGCUAGGGUCCAACAGUCAAAUUGUUCUAGGAGAACAUUCAGCUUGACAAUUUCCUAUCUCAAGCCUAUCCACUAUUUGCCUGAUAUUUUUUUCAGUACUGAUAAGGUUAUUCAAGAAUAUUUAAAUAACAUAGCACCUUUAAUAACCAUGUUUCUUGCACACAGCACCAUAAA